UAUGCCGGAAAUUCUGCCUUCAUCGCCCUGGUUGCCGCCGAGGACGGCAUCGACGCUGCGAGGUACCGGAAGUGGGCCGUUGAACAGAUCAACUACAUGCUGGGGGACAACCGUCACGAUGGCGGAUGCUACAGCUACGAGGUGGGCUACGGCAGGAAGUAUCCCUUGAGACCCCACCACGCAGGGGCGUCGUGCCCCAACAAACCCGCCACCUGCGGCUGGCCGCAGUACGAGACCACGGCGCCCAACCCACACGUGCUGCAAGGCGCUCUGGUGGGUGGACCGGAUCAGAACGACAACUUCCGUGACGUCAGGUCCGAUUACGUUCACAACGAGGUCACCACGGACUACAACUCUGGUUUCCAAGGGGCGCUUGCUGGCAUCUUACAUCUCCAGGCCGUAAACCAGUUUCCCACCACCAACAAUAAAUGUCCCUGUAAUGCAUAAACUUUGAGAUAUACAUUUUGAUAUAAGCAAUGUUAGGAUUCCCCCCAUUAAACAAUACACUUAGGUAGUACUUAAGGUGGUACUGUUUGAGGUAUGAAGCACUUUUAACUUAAAACAUUCAUUAUGUUGAUUCAUUUUUGGCAGUUCUUAAAUUUUAAAACAGAA